GCAUUUUGAAGAGACGAAAACCGGAAGCGGUAAAUGUACCAGCGUAUGCUCACAAGGGAUCAACAAGUUAUUGGUAUAUUGUUUAUAUUGUUAAUUGCAUAGUUACAUAAACAUUUUUACAGUUAUAAUCUAAUCCCAAUGACCUGUCGUGUUGACCUGGGAAUACACAAUCGCCCAAACUACCACUGAAACGGUCGUGAUGCCUCGAGAGUCUCAUAAUGUGAUACACAUCUAACAGGUGGGCGAUCCAGGAAAUAAAGGCGAUCGUCUGAUAUCAUAAGUUCACCUAGAGGUCAACCCGACAUGUCAUCGGUCCGACAGCCUGCCAUAUACUUACACAUUAAUACGCAAAUCAACAAAACCACGGCGAUUUCUCGAAAGCUUAUAGUGGUUGUCUGUUUGGCAGUAUCUACAAUUAUUCUCACUGCGAUUUUGAUAUGGAAGGAAUCCAGUCGGGAUACAGGCUUAACGAGUACUACAUUAAAUCAAUAUUAUCCGGGGUAUUUCCGAACAGAGGCAGAACAAUUGGAAUUCGAGCAAAAAUCCAACACCUUUGUCCCAGUCGAGAGUAACAUCACGAGCCCUUUGAAUUGUCAAGUAAAGUGUUUCCGCAUCACCGGGAGCACACCACUGGGAGGUUUGGUGAGGAGACGUAGACAGGCGCCGGAUACGUCGUUCCAUGGCUGCUGUCAGUCAAGUAUCUCCUUCAUCAGUCCAAGCUUCAGGAACAAUUUGUUGGGUGUAUCACGUGAAUUUGUUAUACUAGAGGGAGCACAACAAUUUUUCCAGACCGGAAGUUGCCAGUUUGCGGUUGGCUGCACUGGUUGUACAUGUAUGAUAUCACAGGAAAUCAACACUGCGGUGGUUUAUAAAGCCGGGGAAACUGCCGACACCUCUGAUGACAUAGACGAUACAGAAAUUGACUUGUUUUACUUUCAGAAAUGUUGUAAAUGUGUAAAUACUGGGUAAAAAAGAAAGAAAAAAAACACAACAAAAACAACAAAAAUCCCAAAAAGCAAAAAAAAAAAAAAGAAAAAAGAGAAAAAAAAGAAUGAACUUUGAUCAGUAUAAUACAUGUACACGACUUCAAAUAGAUAUUUAUUAGCUUCUAGUUUUACUUAAAGAACAAGGUUUUGCAUAAAAUCAUAAUGUUUACAAACUCCGAAUUCAACGGAAGUAUUAUAGAAUAUGAAGAAAAUAUAAGUGAUAUCCAAGAUAAAAAACGAGACCGCGACUACCAGCUCAAAAUCGAUGACAAAGAAAGAAAGCAUUAACAGGAGGUCCACGUUAUUUAAGCGAGAUCGGGGGAAAGCGAAAAGAAAUUGCAUUGUAUACCCACUUAAAACACUGACCAUUAUAUCGCACAAGGUAAUGUGCAUAAACUCAAGAUAAUGGCCAUACAAAUUACUCAUAAUCAUGUUUGUGAGAAGCCUACAUCAACGGGAAUUUUAAUAUUGUGAGUCUUUGGGUAUACUUCAACAUUACCUGCCCAUCAGCUCAAGGGGUCAGUCAGGGCCAACAUGUGCAUGCCAUCAAAUUGCCAUCCAAUGCUGAUAAUGUUAAUCAAGCUAGAACGAAUUCUAAAAGAAAUCAAACAAACGAUUGUCAAAGAUGUGAUUUCACUAUAUGAACUAUAGUAAAGUUUACCCCCUGCCAUGGGACAAACGUGAGAUCCAAGGGUCAUGGCAUUCACACUUUUGGUGAAGGGUAUUUUAUUCUACCUUAUUUGGGUCUUGAGAAGAACAUUUUUGAAAUUUCAGUCAAUUUGAACCUUUUUGGCCCUGCCCGUCAGUCCCCCCGGGGGUUUGGGACCAUAUAAUUCACAUUUUUGGUUGACCAUGGAAGGUUUCUGCAUUUUGAAAAAAAAAUGGUUCAGUGGUUUCUGAAAGGAAGCCGAACAUGUAAAUUGUUUAAGACGGACGCCGCCGGACAAAAGGCGAUCGCAAUAGGUCAACUGAAACUUCGUGACCUAAAAAGGUAUGAGGCCGAUAAGUACAUUGCACCUCAAAGACAAUGGCAACGCCACAUUUGGAUUAUCCCCUCAGAUAUUCGCUUAGUUAAAGUGUUUGAAGAAAAGAGAUUCUAAAUAUCAUCUUAAUCAACAUGAACAUUGAAAAUGACACAUGUAGGGCAUAACAUUAUACCAAGAAAAGCAGCUGCUAAAGCUAAAA